CGUAGCCAUAUUGGCUCAAGCCGUCGUGGCUCAAGCAUCAGAGCUGAAUGGGUGCCGGAGUGCCAGCGGGGCAAUUCUCGGCGGCACCCACCGCAGCGAUGGGUGGCAUGCAUACCUUCCGCUGCUGGCUCGAGUCGACGGCGAGGCUACACGGCCGGGUGAGCCAGGGCCUCAGUCUUGUGGCCUUUUUCAGCGCGCGGCGCCCGUGCGCCACCGUGUCUGUCUGCUUAGCGCUUUCGCUGCUGAGCGGGCUGGGCCUUCUGCGACUCAGGCUAGAGGUCAAAGCCACGAACUUGUGGGUGGACCAGGACAGCGAUGCCAUGCUCAACAGAAAGUGGAUCGAGGCCAAUUUCGCCAGUGGAGGGAUGCCCACAGUCUUUUUGAUCGAAGCAAAGAACAGGGGUCAUAAUGUUCUGACCGUCGACGCGGUGAGCGAGGCCUUCGAGCUCUUUGAGGAGGUCAGGUCCAUCAAGACGGAAGACGGUCUUGCAUAUGAAGACCUGUGUUAUCGUACGCCCAGUGGCGUGUGUAACACUCACGGCGUGCUUUCUUUUUUUGAAAACAACGCAACCUUAUUCCAGUCACAGUCGUUGACUGACAGCCAGUUGCUCACCGUGCUGUCCAGCCCCACAUAUCCUCUUGACGGUGCGCCAGUCGUGCGCUCCAGCGUAUUCGGGGCUUUUCAGGUUUCGGGCUCGGAGCUGGUCUCCGCGCCAGUCUGGCGAAUGGGGUUCGUGUUGAGUCAGCACUUGGGGAAGGACACCACGCUCCAAUGGGAGAAGACAGUCAUCGACGAAUAUGUCAGCAGCAGCUACGAGCACGUAGAGCAGAAGUGGGACCACAUCCACGUGGAACUGUUCAGUGCAGCGCGCAGCGUGGACGACGAGCUCGCCAGGGUCGUCGGAGGUGAUCUAAGCUUUGUGAGCUUGGGUUUCGUCUUCCUCGUGACGACGGCCGCAUUCGCGCUCGGGCAUCCGCUGCGCUGCGUACAAGGCCGCCGUGUGCUCGGCAUAAGCAGCUUUUUCGUUGUGGUGUUCGGCACCCUCGGUGGCUACGGACUGGCUUCUGCGGUGGGCAUUCCGUUCACCAGUCUGCAGCUCAUCUUGCCGUUCAUCCUGGUGGGUAUCGGUGUGGACAACGCCUUCGUCAUCGUGGGCGCCUUCGACCGUACUGCCAAGAGUAAGUCGAUCGAGGAGCGGAUCAGGGAUGCAAUGAUGCUAGAGGGUAUGUCUGUUACCAUGACGUCUGCCACCGAUGUAUUGGCCUUCUUGUGCGGUGCCACUAGCUCAUACCCUGCUGUUGUCUACUUCUGCUUGUGCGCGGCAUCGUCGUUGAUGUAUACCUACGUAUUGCAACUCACAGCAUUCUGCUCAUUGCUGGCGCUUGAUGCUCACCGGCAGCAGUCAAGCCGCAUGGACGUGGUGUGCUGCGUAAGAACCAAUCGGACACCUGGCGCUCUGCUGGAGGAUGGCGACGAACCCUUUGCUGUACGCGUCAUGGAGAUGUAUGCCCGAGCGAUUACUCGCAAUUGGCUCGUGAAGCUGGCAGUAGUUUCCGGAAUUCUAGCACUCGGUGGGGCCUGCCUCUGGCAGGCGCUGGAAAAUAUGGACACCGCCUUUGACAUCAGUGACCUCUCGCCCGACUCGAGCUACGUGCGCGACUACUUUGCUGUAGAGGAGAAGUACUGGGGCGCCGAUACCAGCGCCCUGAACAUCCCCGUCCACGUCGUCUUCAGGGAUGUCGACGAAAGCGACGCCGUCGUGCAGAGGGAGAUGCGCAGGACCGAGGACGAGGCCCUGCAGCUGCGGGCAAUCGACUCGGCCGUGGCCCCCCACAGCUGGCACCGGAGCUUCACGGAGUGGGCCCUGGCCAACGAAGGCACCCGCGCCGACCUGGCCACCGACCAGUUCCAAAGCGUGGAGGGCCACAGGUUCCUCGCCGGGCCGGGCUUCUACACCGCGCUGAGCAGCUGGCUGGACGACGACGACCUAAGCCUGGGCCAGCGCUUCCGGAACGACGUAGUCUUCGAGGACGGGGAGGUCCGGCAUUCCCGCAUCGUGGUGAUACAGGUGACGAUGUCAGAGUCGCGCAUGCAGGUGGAGGCGCUGACGGAAGCAGAGGCCUUCUACCGUGGGAAGCAGGCAGUCUUGCCAGGCACCAUAGCGCACGCGCACCCGUGGGUUUUCUACGAUCAGUAUCGGAAUAUUCUCUCAGAGACUUUUUGGGCCACUCUCAUGUGCUUUAUAGCUGUCAGCGUCGUUUCCUUGUUUGUCUUAUCGCAUCCGUUGGUCGUGUUGAUUGUGUCUGGAGUGAUCACACUGGUGUACAUCGACUUGCUCGGCUGCUUGCCACUGAUCGGCCAGCCCCUGAACUCGAUAUCGAUGAUCAACUUGGUCAUGGCCGUCGGCCUGGUGGUGGAUUAUAGCAUGCACGUUGCUCACAGCUUUAUGGCGCAACACCCACAAUUGUCACGCGAUGAGCGUGUGGUGCUGGCUAUGAAGUCGAUCGGCGUAUCCGUGUCCAAGGGGCUACUGUCUACCCUCGUCGGCGUCCUGCCGCUGUCGCUGGGCUCGAGCAAGAUCUUCCGCGUCUUCUUCAACAUGCUCGUGCUCAUCCUCGCGGUCGGGGGCACCCACGGUCUCCUCCUGAUGCCCGUGCUGCUGUCCGCCGUCGGUCCCUCGGCGACCGCAGUGCCCGGCCGCGCCGAGGCCGCGGCCGGGGAGCCCCCGCGGCAGGCGGAGGCCACGGGCUGAGGCUUCGGCGGCGCGCCUAAACGGUGUUUUUUUGCGAUUUCUUGGGCCCUUUUCGUUUCGACUUCGUUUUGCGGUUGAGGCGGACUCGAGACAAAAGCG